CUCUUCCACACACACCAUCUCUCUCUCUCUCUCUCUCCAUCAAACAUAGCUACAGAAACCAACCAAUAACACAGUUUGUGAGAAGAAACACCAUUGUUCAAAAUCCAUGAUCAAACACAGAGAGAACUUCAAAAGCUUCUUGAAUUGAAAGUGAUUAAUUAUUGAAGCAGUGUUUGAAGAUGGAGAAGGACAACGAGGCAUAUCUGAAACUCUUCUGGGGGCGUUCGAGUAAUCAGAAAAUGAGUUUGUUGUCGAAGAAGGGGAAAUCCAGAACAAUGGUGUUUGUCAUGGUUUUCUUUGCAGCCACUUUCCUUGCUUUCACUGUCUGGAACAUUACUUCGACAUUUUCUCCAGGUGCUUCCAUUCUAAUGAAGAAGAAACCCUCCCCCGUGCCAAUACCGAAAGUCCAAGAACAAGAGUUCCCACUUAGGUGCACCCCACCACACGUGCCACAAGAGUGCCCUAGAGACUACCCUAGGUCGCAUAAGCCCACGGGCCCAGCCCGCACGUGCCCCUCGUACUUCAAAUGGAUCCACGAGGACCUGAAGGCAUGGAGAGAGAGAGGGAUCACGAGGGAAAUGGUGGAGGGGGCAAGGCGAACGGCACACAUGAGGGUAGUGAUCGUGGACGGGAGGGUGUACGUGGAGAAGUAUAAGAAGUCGAUCCAGACCAGAGAUGCGUUCACUUUGUGGGGCAUCAUGCAACUGCUGAGGGUGUAUCCCGGUAAAAUUCCUGAUCUGGAGCUCUUGUUUGAUUGUGAUGAUAGGCCCGUUAUACCGAAGGGAAGGUUUGAAGGCCCAAAUGCUGCUACUCCACCGUUGUUUCGCUAUUGCUCGGACCAGUGGAGCUUUGAUAUCGUCUUCCCUGAUUGGUCCUUUUGGGGAUGGGCUGAGAUAAACAUAAAGCCAUGGAAAUAUGUGCUAGAAGAUAUAAAAAAUGGGAACAAGAAAACCAAGUGGAAAGAAAGAGUGCCAUAUGCGUAUUGGAAGGGUAACCCUAAUGUGACUCCAACUAGGAAAAACCUUAUGACAUGCAAUCUCACAGACAAAGAUGACUGGAACACUCGCCUAUACAUACAGGACUGGGAUCAAGAAUCCCAACAAGGGUUCAAACAAUCCAACUUAGGGGACCAAUGCACACAUAGGUAUAAAAUUUAUGUAGAAGGUUGGGCUUGGUCUGUGAGUGAAAAGUAUAUUUUGGCAUGCGAUUCUACAAACUUGUAUGUUAGGUCUCGCUUCCAUGAUUUUUUUAUCCGAGGCAUGGUGCCAUUGGAGCACUAUUGGCCCAUUAGAGACAACACCAAGUGCUCUUCUCUUAAGUUUGCCGUCGAAUGGGGCAACAAUCACACCGACAAGGCACAGGCAAUGGGGGAGGCUGCAAGCAAAUUCAUUCAUGAGGACAUGGACAUGGAUCAUGUGUAUGAUUACAUGUUUCAUCUGCUAAAUGAAUAUGCAAAGCUCCUGAAGUUCAAACCAGUUAUACCUCCAAAAGCUGUGGAGUAUUGUCCUGAAACAAUGGCAUGUGCUUUAAAUGGUACAGAGAGAAGGUUCAUGGAAGAUUCAAUGGUGAAGUUUCCUAGUCAUUCAAAUCCAUGCACUAUUCCUCCUCCAUAUGAUGCUACAAGCCUACAACAAUUUCUAGACAGAAAAGCUAAUUCAACAAGACAGGUAGAAAUUUGGGAAGAUGAAUAUUGGGAGAGUAAAAAGAAGGUACAAUAGUAUACACAUUGUGCUCAUGACAAGAUUUUGUCAUGUUUUAUUUUACUUCUUCAUCUGACAAAUAUCAUUUUAUCCGAAUCUAAAUUCUCUACUGAAUUUUUAGUAUUAUUCCUCGGCUGAACUUUCAAAACACAUUGAUAUUAAGAUAUUAAUACAUAUUUUAAUGUAUUUUACAACAUUAAAAUCAAUAUCUAUGAAUAUAUUUUAAAAUGACAGCAGAGAGAAUGACCAAAAUCUCAGUAGAGAAUUCAAAUAUACUCACUUUCAAAUAUACACAGUUGAUAGUUGAUGUUGUCUCUUACCACAUUCAUAUUUGUUCUCAUUCUUCUUCUUUGAUUUUCUUCUGAAUAAAGCUUGAUGAUUAAUGUAAUUAUAAUUGCCUCCAAUUUGUAAGAGACUUGUUUGAUAUAAAGCACUAAAUGAAAUAAUUUAC